AUGGCGAAAGACUCUGGAAAACUAAAAGUGUUGUUCGCAUUACAAGAUGAGUGCAAAAACAAUUUGGUGAAAGCGGAAACAAAUUUCAAGAAAUCACCUAGAGAUAGGUUAAAAAGACCAUAUUUGGAAGCUAGACUGGAAUCGCUAGAGAGUUUAUACUAUAGCUUCAAGGAAGGUCAUAAGGCAAUAGUGUCCGAAACUUUGACGGACCGCAACCACCCGUACUUCAUUGAAGAUAAAUAUGAAAAUUUCGAGGAACUAUACAUUCAUGAUGAGCUACCGACCUGGGAACAAUUACGAGAAUAUUUAGAGAGCAGAUUCAGGUCUUUAGAGAUGAUUGAUACAAAUGUGACACGCACCACACCAGCACGCACCACACCAGCUGCUAAGCCUAAAGCUUUUCAUGCUUCUAUUGAGAACAAAUGUAAAAUGUGUCAAGAAAACCAUUUCCUUAAUCAGUGCAAAGAAUAUGGAUUGUUAACACCCAACAAAAGACAAGAUUUUGUGCAAAGUAACAAGCUAUGCUUCAAUUGUUUAUCACCUACACAUUCCGUCGCGAAGUGUCGUCUUCCAACGAGCUGCAAGAGAUGUGGACGUCGUCACCAUACUACCCUACAUUAUGAGAGAGAGAACAGAGAUUCAAAUCAGCAAACUACUGCAGCGAACGAGAGAGAUGGAGCCACAGUGACAUCUAGAGAUUACCAACCUACACAACUCAGCACACCAUCGUGGUCAGAUAUUGAUAACCUACCAUUGGCUGACCCCACCUAUGCAACGCCAGGGAAGAUAGAGGUCUUACUUGGAGCAGACGUUUAUAGUGAAAUAAUACUGGAAGGAGUAAUCAAGCAGACUGAAGGGAGCCUGAUGGCGCAAAACACAGUAUUCGGAUGGAUAAUAUCAGGGAAAGUGACACCAGAGCCCGGUGAGUCAUCACAAGCUAAUUUUACGAGCAUGCACAUACAUAUUGAGGAGGAUGACUUAUUGAAGAAGUUCUGGGAAAUGGAGAAUGAGCCUAAUACAAUACAAAAGGAAAUGACAGAGAGCGAAAAGUUAUGUGAAAAGAUAUUUGAAGCAACAACAGUGAGAGAUGAGGAAGGAAGAUUUGUUGUGAGAUUGCCAUUUGCAACGGAUGAUCCUAAAAGUAAAUAUGGUCAUUCUGAAGAGAUUGCUAUCAAAAGAUUGGAGUCAUUAGAGAGAAAAUUAUCGAGAGAUCCUAAGCUGAGAGAAGAAUACAACAAAGUGUUUCAGGAGUAUUUGACUUUAAAUCAUAUGAGACCGGUUUACGAACAUGAGUUGGAGAAUAACAAGGCAGUGUAUCUUCCUCACCAUGCCGUGAUAAGAGAAGAUAAGGAGACUACAAAACUACGAAUCGUGUUUAACGCAUCGAGUAAAGGAGACAACAAUGUAUCACUCAACGAUGACCUACUUGUUGGUCCCAAAUUGCAACAAGAUUUAAGACAUAUUCUGAUGAGAUGGAGAAACCAUAAGAUAUGUCUUAUCGCGGAUAUCGUCAAAAUGUAUAGAAUGAUCUGUGUAGCGGACGAGCAUACAGAUUUUCAGAGAAUUGUAUGGCGAUUCACUUCAAAUGAACCCAUCCAACACUUCAAGUUAUUACGCCUGACGUUUGGUACUGCAUGCGCGCCGUAUCUGGCAGUCAAAGCUUUACAGAGCCUAGCCAAGUUAGAGGAAGAUAGGUAUCCGCUAGCAGCCAAAUUAACUAAGACAGAUUAUUAUAUGGACGAUCUAAUUACUGGAGCAAACACAGAAAGUGAGGCAUUACAAAUAUACGAUGAGAUGAAUAGGUUAAUGAAAUUGGGUGGAUUCAAACUUCAAAAAUGGAAUAGUAACUGUGAAAACAUAGUAGAGAAAAUACAAGAUAAAAAUGAGCAAAAUGGUAAGCAAGUAACACCUAUUAAAUUGAACAAGACCAUCAAGGUCCUUGGAGUGAGUUGGUGCAGAAUAACAGACAAUUUUGUGUACACAGUGGAGUUACCAGAUCCCAAGGAACCGAUUACCAAAAGAAAAGUGUUAGCUGAUGUAGCAAAGCUUUACGACCCAGAGGGCUGGAUUGCUCCAGUCGUUGUUAACGCCAAGAAAUUUAUACAAACACUGUGGAAAUCAGGACUAUUGUGGGAUCAAAGCUUACCUGAGGACAUCCUGAGUGAGUGGUUGGAGUAUAGAAGUAGCUUGGCAGAUUUGAGGGAACUGAAAAUACCAAGAUGGUUUAACGCUACACCAGGUUCUAAACAGGAAUUACACGUGUUUUCAGAUGCUUCCAAAUCAGCCUUCGCAGCUGCUGUCUACAUACGAGUCACCGAUGAAUCAAACAAUGUUCAUGUUCACCUGGUAACGGCAAAAACCAAAGUGGCCCCAAUAGAGAAGGAAAUCACGAUCCCGAGGCUGGAGUUGUGCGGUGCUACCUUGGCGACCAAACUCAUAUGGGAAGUAUCGCAGGUUAUGGAGAUACCCAAAGAGCAUUUGUUUGGCUGGACAGACUCCACGAUCGUGCUCGCAUGGCUGAGAGGAGGCGCAUCUCGGUGGACUACAUUUGUGAGUAAUCGGGUGUCCACUAUUCUAAAUAUAAUGAACGUUGAACAAUGGAAUCACGUACCUACAGAAUCAAACCCUGCAGACUGUGCCUCGCGAGGUGUGACCCCGAGGGAUCUCAUUGCACAUCCUUUAUGGUGGCAGGGCCCGCAGUGGUUGUCGAAGAGUAAACUUGAGACGAAUACUACAUCAGUUGAAGACACGCACGAGGAAGAGAAAGUUAAGGCUCUAACUGUUUCAACCAACAUUGAAGAAGACUUUAUCUGGUCGAGAUUUUCUUCUUUAUCGAGGUUACUAAAGGUCCUGUCAUACUGUAGAAGAGUUAAGAUACCAAGAGAUGAGAGAUUAAACUUACCGAAAUUUAUAACAGUUGACGAACUUAGAGAGACAUUAUUGAUCUGCGUUAAACAAGUCCAACAGAUAGAAUUUGAGAGUGAAAUAAAACACCUGAAAGCUAAAGGAUGUGUACCUAAGAAAAGUCCUUUGCGCACUUUAUGUCCUUUCUUGGAUGAAAAGGGAAUUUUAAGAGUGUCAGGUCGCAUCUCACAUUCAGACAUAUACAUCAAGGAAGAACACUCCAUUGAUGGGUCUUCUUCCAGAGUCAAGAUUAAAACCGAGUAA